GACGUUGACAGUCUGGAGGACACUUCCUGAUGCUGGCCCGGGUCUGGCUAGGCUAGCUAACAGAUUUGAUUUUCACGGUUAGGGGAAACCUGUGAAAUACAGCGUGGUCAAGUCGUCUGAUUCAGUGGUGGGAGCAGAACAGGUCGGACGGCACCAUGAACGGCCAGCUGGACCUGAGUGGCAAGCUGAUCAUCAAAGCCCAGUUGGGUGACGACAUCAGACGCAUCCCUAUCCAUAAUGAAGACAUCACUUACGAUGAGCUGGUGCUGAUGAUGCAGCGUGUCUUUAGGGGCAAGCUGCAGAGUAACGACGAGGUUACCAUAAAAUACAAGGAUGAAGAUGACGACCUCAUCACCAUCUUCGACAGCUCUGACCUCUCCUUCGCCAUCCAGUGCAGUAGAAUACUCAAACUGACUUUGUUUGUGAAUGGUCAGCCGCGGCCUUUGGAGUCCAGUCAGGUGAAGUACCUGCGCAGGGAGCUCAUUGAGCUCAGGAAUAAAGUCAACAACCUCCUGGAUAGCCUGGAGCCCCCCACAGAGCCUGGCCUGGCUGCUACAGCACCGGACAGUGAAUCAGUGGAUGUACGUGAAGGUAAAGUUGUGGCAGCAGACCCCACAGUGAAACAGGCAACUCCAGUCAGUGCAGCUAGCAUGUCAGCCUUCGACCCAUUAAAAAACCAGGACGAGGUCAGCAAGAAUGUCAUCUCUGCUUUCGGCCUGAGCGAGGACCAGGCCCAAGCUCCCCCAGCGGUUGCUGCAGAGGAGCGCUCAGGGACCCCUGACAGCAUCGCCUCCUCCUCGUCUGCGGCCCCUCAGCCAGGAGUGCCCCCCCAACCACAGGCUCCCUAUCCUGGAGUACAGCAGGGACCCGCAGCUGGCAUGGAUGGUCAGGUGUACCAGCAGUACCAGGCUCCAGGUGGAUACCCGCCUCAGCAACCAGGUGCCCCACCACAGCAGCAGUACGGUAUGCAGUACCCUGCAGGAUACAGCCCUCAGCCCGGGGCCCCUCAGCCUGGCCCACCACAGCCUCAGCAGCAGCAGUUUCAGAACUAUGCGCCUCCCUCCUCCCAGGCUCCUGCCCCUGGCCCGGCCCCAGCCCCGGGCUUCCAAGGUGGCCAGCAGCAGCCUCAUCCAUCUCAGGGAGCCCAGCAGUAUCCACCAGGAGCCUUCCCUCCCCAAAACUAUACCUCCCAGGCCUCCCAGCCCGCUAACUACAGCCUGCCGCCCAGCUCCCAGCCUGGCUCAGGGUAUCAGCCCCGCCCAGCAUAUACUGCACCUCCAGGCAGCACCGUCACCCCUCCGCCAGGAGCUGCUAACCCGUAUGCCCGCAACCGCCCCCCUUACGGCCAGGGCUACACUCAGCCAGGCCCUGGAUACCGGUAAAAGGAGGACAGCUGAUGUUACUGAUCCUCACACAUCCCCAAACCCCCUACCCUCUAUGUGGCUCCAGCUGUUUGGAAUGGGUGCAGGAAACAUGGUUUACUGCUCUACACCCCCACCCUUUCCCCCCUCCUCCCCUCUCAUACAAAUAUCAAGUCCAAAUAUGAAACAAGCAACCCCCUGCCCCAGUCUGAUGGUUUGUGUUUGUAUGCUGUCUCUUCAACACACCACUCUGUUCUGGCCCUGCUGUACGUUCCCUGGUCUUAUUUUCCCUUCUUCUUCCUGUCACCACCACUUGUCUGCUCUGGCCUCUUGUACCUGUCAUUGUAAACAUGUAACCUGUCUGUAUGCACACACCUGGGAGACCAAAACAGGCUGUUGCACAAACUGUAUUGUUCUUUCCGUGGUAACACUUCAUUUUGUGAGUGAGAUCAGCAUCCACAUUCUGCAUUUGUGACAAACAUCUCAGCCGGUUGUGUUGAGUACUGUGCAUAGAUGCAUUUAUAAGACACUAAAUGAAAUGUUACCCCUUUGUCGUUUUGCUUUUUUUUCUUUAUUUGAUCAAUUUUACCACCAUGUCGGUAUUAAUGAUGUGUCAAUGAAACUGACCCGUGUUGGGAACACUAGCUAAGUGACAGCUUGUGGGAGGUGUAGAUCCCAGUGUAAUGAAGAAGGUUUCUUUUGUUUAGCUUGUUAUAUCACCUCCAGUACAGCUUGCUAGUCCUCUCUUUUUCUCUUAUCACUGGUUUUUACUAAUAUCAAAUCAAAUUCCACCUUUAAAUGAGAUUAGUUGUUUAUGUAUAAACUGUAACAUUUUUUUCUUGAACCUAAUAAAUGAUUGAGACCCAG